UUUUUUUUCUCUUCUUUUUGGGGGAGAGAAAAAUUUGAAACUUUGUUAAAGGGAGAGAGGGAAAACAAUAAAGAAAGAGAAGAUUUUUAUGGGGCUGCAGGGAAGACGACAGAGAAAAAGACAGAAAGCGCACGUCAGAUUUCUCCGUAGGGUUAUGGUUUUGGACCGCCACAGAUCGAGCGACCUACUGGAUGGAUUAAUUAAGUCUCUCUGUCUCUCUCUCUCUGAGCUGGGUCUGAUCUGAUAUUCAGUAGUUUAUUUGUUCAUAUUUGCAUGCUUGGUCUUGGAUUUUCUUGUUGGUUUUGGAAGCUUUGGUCAUUAAUCAAGGCAUGAAGGAGAAUAGUACGUAGCUGGAGGGUCGUCUGCUUCAGUUUCAGUUCUCUCUCUCUCUCUCUGGUUACUUUUUUUGUAUUUGGUAACAAAAAUUGUCUCUUGGGUUGAUGCCAAAGAAAAAAAGAACCCAUUAGAGGCAUCUCAGGAUUCUGGGUUCAAAGAAAAGCCAAUCUCCUGAGAGCUAGCUCAAAUUCUGUUACUCUCGUUACUAUAUUGACGAAUCUCUCUCUCUCUCUAGGCUUGAAUUUGUCGUUAAUUGGAUCUCACAGAUCCUUAUCAUGUUUGUUAGAUCCAGGGACUGAUGCUGCCAAACUAAUAAUCAUGCAUCUAGAAGCAAAAUGAUGAAAGAUUUGCUUAUCCAACAAAACCACCAAAUUCCCGAAGUGAACAUGUCCAAUUUGACUUCUGCCUCUGCCGAAGCCACUCUUUCUUCUUCCUCCAACAAACCUGAAACAGCCGCCACCAUUCUCUCUCACCACUACUUCGCUCCGCCAGCGGCCGAUCAAGCUAAGCCACCACUCAAGAAGAAGCGAAACCUUCCCGGCAACCCAGACCCGGAAGCAGAAGUGAUAGCCUUGUCGCCCAGGUCGCUGUUGGCGACGAACCGGUUCGUGUGCGAGGUCUGCAACAAGGGUUUCCAGAGGGACCAGAAUCUGCAGCUGCACAGGAGAGGGCAUAAUCUGCCAUGGAAGCUGAAGCAGAGAGCGAGCAAAGAGGUGAGGAAGAAGGUGUACGUGUGCCCGGAGCAGAACUGCGUGCACCAUCAUCCGGCGAGGGCUCUCGGUGACCUCACCGGAAUCAAGAAGCACUUUUGCCGGAAGCACGGCGAGAAGAAGUGGAAAUGCGACAAGUGCUCCAAGCGAUAUGCAGUUCAAUCGGAUUGGAAAGCCCACUCCAAGACCUGUGGCACCAGAGAGUACAGAUGUGACUGUGGAACCCUUUUCUCAAGGAGGGAUAGCUUCAUCACUCACAGGGCAUUCUGUGAUGCUUUAGCAGAGGAGGGUUCAAGACCAGUGACUGUUGGCACCACUUCAUCAACACCAACUUUACAUACUCAAGUUGCUCAAGACUUUGAUCCAAGGCCCCCGGAGCAGCUGCCGCCAUGGCUGGCUUGUCCACCGCCAGCGGCUGCGCCGGCAGUGGAUCUCAGCUCAUCAUCACCAUCAUCAAUCUUUUCACCCAGCACAAGGUUAAGUCAAGAUCAUCACUUGAUCCCGCAGCUCCAUGAAAGUCCAAGCCCUAACCCUAGCCCCAGCCCUAGGCUUGGACCCACCCUUCAACACUACCAACCAGCUGCCAUGUCUGCAACUGCAUUGCUGCAAAAAGCAGCCCAGAUGGGGGCUACACUCAGCACCAAAACUUGUUCAUCUGUGACGCCCCACCACCCCCAUGUUCUAGGCCUGGAUUUCGCCUCACAUGAGGAGAAUAUGGCAAGUGGGGGUUUUGGCCAUGGCUUAUUGCCUGACCCUUUCAAGAGUAGCGCCAAAGCUGCAGCCCCUUCUGCAACACCCGAAGGUACAACCACUGUUUCAGCUGAUCAAGACAUCAUGAUGAAUUCUCUCUCUUCUGCAAGUACUGUUUUUGUUGGGUCUUCCUUCCACGGUGGAUUUGGCAAUGGAGAUCAUCAAGGAAUGACAAGGGAUUUCUUGGGGCUCAGACCUCUCUCCCACAGUGACAUUCUCACCAUAGCUGGUCUCAAUGCUCAUGAACAGAGCCAGAACCAGCCCCAUAAAUCAUGGCAAGGUUAGUUCUUUAAGCGCUUAAUAUUACCCCUUUUUUUUUCUUUUCUUUUUCCAUAUAUGGUCUUCAUCAGUUUAAUUUGCAGUUCUCCAUCUUUAUUCUUCCAAAGGGAAGCGAGUCUUAUAAACCCUAAAUACAUUACUACUGUCUGUAGUUAAUAUAGAUCAUAAAGUCUGAGUUUUUAGUUUCCUUCAUAUGCCCUUUGGUUUUCUUAUGGUAAAAGUUUGUAAUUUUUUUGUUUAUCUUUGGUUACACUUCCCAAUGAGAGAACCCGGAGACUAAACCCUAAUGCAUGGAAACACUUCAAUUUUUUGGAAGAAUAA